AUGGAAUUUGGUUUAAGUUCGUCCACAUCCGAGCCCGGUUCAUCGAAUGGCGACGGGACGACGUCGUCGGCUGAAGUCAGCACAUUACCCACAACCCCGCAAAUCACAGAAUCUGCUCGAAAUCCUUCCUUUCAGAGCUUUAACGAUGUCGUAGAUUUAGUUUUUAAUCCUUUACGAUCUGUGAUCAGCCAAAAUCGGAGACGUUAUACCGAGGACGGCUUUAAUCUGGAUUUAACAUAUAUUACCGAUCGAAUAAUCGCUAUGGGUUAUCCAGCAAAAAGUAUUGAGCGUCUUUAUAGAAAUAGUAUGUGUCACACUGUAAAGUUCUUGGAGCGCAAUCAUGCUGGACAUUAUAAAGUGUUUAAUUUACGGGGGAAUUAUUUUUACAAAGUGGAGAAAUUUCAUGGUCGAGUGGGUUUGUACCACAUGAAGGAUCAUCAUCCACCACGGCUUGAUCUCAUGGAUCCCUUUUGCAAGGAAGUGAGAACAUCUCUUUUUCAUUUGCUAAACCGAAGAAAAAAA